AACGCAUGGAAAACGCAUGGUGGGUGCUGCUGCUUUCGUGCACUCUGUAAUUUUUUUACCGGCAAUUUUUAUUGAGAUUUUGUGCAAAACAAGUGUUAUCACUAUUUUCCGACUGUACUGAGAUUCCAGUUUAAGGACAUGAAUUAUCAUCUAUAUAUGUGAGCGUGAUUAUGACAUAAUACAAACGAGAUGUCUGAAAAUCCAUCGGGCUUUUUCCACGCCCUUCUGGAGGAUCUCCAGUCCGACGUUCUCUGGAAAAAUCUGAGUCCUCAGUUUUCUCGCCUAGUAAAUUUGAAGACAUGGGACAAAAAGACGUGCAAGAAGCUGCUCAACGUCUUGGUCGAGGCCAUCGUCUCUCAGCCGGAGCGUUCGGCCGUCAUUGCCAAAAAGUACCCUCAGCUGGUGCUUCCAGUAUUAUCCUGGGCCCUGACAAAUCCCAAGUGGGACGAAAAGAAAGUACUCAUUUUGGCAAAUGUGGCUGGACUGAACACUGACGCAAAGAGAUUUGCCAAGGAUAAAUUGCUUCAAACACAUGGGCCCUUUGAAGAGACACCUUCCAGCGGCCCACCAGAUCCAAAAAAGAAAUGCAAAAACCCUUUGACAACGUUGGAAUCAGUUCAUUCCCUGCUAAAAGCAGACCCUUCCUUUUUUGCCAGUUUGUGGAACUGGUCUCAGUUGAUAGGGAAACUAACUCAAGGAGAUUCCCAGUGUCAAUGGCUUGCCAGUCGAUGCAUCCAGUUGGCUCUCGGGAUGUCGGAGAAGGAUAAAAUUAAAAUUGGCACUUGUUUUUCUGAGACAGACAUGAUGGAAAACCUUCUGAAAUAUUCAGAGCUUAGCAAAGGCCUGGAGUUUUCAAAUGCAUACCAUCCAGAUUUGGAAGCAGCUUUGGAAUUAAUUAGUGAGUGCUGUCCAGGGGUGGUUUGCGUAUCAGGUGUGAUGCUGCAAACCCUGUUGAAUAACCUUAAAUUGGACGGUGAGAAGACCCUGGUGAUGGUGCCCUCAACAAAGGCCAAUCUUCGCAGUUUGGCCGUUGCGGUCACUGCAGGACAGAGCGUCUUGCUCCAGGGUCCAGUGGGGUGUGGGAAAACUGCACUGGUGGAACACCUGGCUAUGAUGACGGGCAGACGUGGACCACCGGACCUCAUGAUUGUCCAGCUGGGUGAAGAGACUGACAGCAAAAUGCUGCUCGGUGGCUAUAGGUGCUCAGAAGUGCCGGGAGAAUUUGUCUGGAGACCUGGAAUCCUGACCCAGGCUGUUGAGAAAGGCGCCUGGUUGAUUCUUGAAGACAUCGAUUGCGCAUCCACGGAUGUGAUUUCUGUGCUCGCAGCUCUUCUCGAAACUGGGAAGCUGGCUGUUCCUGGCUACAGAGACUGUGUGCAAGCUGCCUCAACAUUUCAACUUUUUACGACUAGAAGGUUGACUAGUUCUGGUGGUCUACAAUCUACUGCAAGCAUUUUGGACAAAAUGUGGAUGCAGGUUAACGUUGAGCCUCUUGCGAGACACGAACUUGAAACAGUCAUCAAGCAAAAAUACCCAGCUCUAGAGACUGUAGUGUCUCGACUAUUAGACGUGUUCUUAGUUUUCUCCAAAGGCAGUCACUCGAUGGCCCUUGAGUCUCAGCCAAUGACUGUUGUCAGUGGAAUGGACUUGGCCCCUGAAAUGAAAGCAGCCAACUUAGCAGGAAGGCUAAUUUCUACAAGAGAUUUGUUGAAAUGGUGUGCACGAGCUUCGAUUGAUUUCAAAGAAGGAUCACCAGAGUGUGCCUUGAAGAUUCUGCAGGAUGCCAUUGAUAUUUUCUCGUGUGCAGCUCCUUCUCAUGAGGAACGCUUGAGACUGGCAUCUGCUGCAGCUGACAGAUUGGGAAUUGUCCGAACCAAGGCAGAUUACUUCUGCAAAGAGUACAAGCCACACAUCAAAUCAACCCCAUCUAAGUUCAUUGCUGGCAGGGGCAAAGUUUCUUGCAUCCAAAAUGUGGCUGCGAAAAUUGAUGUGAAAAGCACAUACUCACUGACUCAUUCUGCGAGUUGUUUGCUGGAGAGGGUGGCCUGUUGCAUUGAACAGGGAGAGCCUGUCCUGCUCGUUGGAGAGACGGGCACUGGAAAAACAGCAACCAUCCAGCUCUUGGCACAGAAAGCUGGCAGGAAGCUGCAAGUCGUCAACAUGAACCAGCAUAGUGACAGUGCUGAUCUGCUCGGAGGCUACAAGCCUGUCGAUUUGAAAAUGGCUGUGGCGCCAGUGCGCCUUGAAUUUGAGACUCUCUUCUCUAAAACCUUUGACAGAGUGAAAAACGCCAAGUUCUUGGACCACAUUGCUUCUUGUUUUUCUGGACGCCGCUGGGACACCCUAACCACUCUCAUGCGCCACACAUUGAACUCGGCCCUCAAGAAACCACUCUCAGAAAGUGACAAAGAAAGUUGGAAAAAUCUUGACUUCAAACUUGACCGACUUGAGUCUCAACUCAAAUCUGGACAAUCCUCUCUGGCAUUUUCAUUUGUGGAGGGAACUUUGGUGAAAGCUGUUCAAGAAGGUGGAUGGGUCUUGCUGGAUGAGAUCAAUCUGGCCACAGCAGAAACUCUGCAGUGCCUGUCAGGCUUGCUAGAAGGCAACCAUGGUUCUCUUCAUCUCCUGGAAAGGGGUGAUGAUAAACCUGUCAAGAGAAAUCCAGAGUUCAGAUUGUUUGCUUGCAUGAACCCAGCCACAGAUGUAGGCAAAAAGGACCUGCCACCUGGAUUGAGAAAUAGAUUCACUGAAUUCUAUGUUGACGAGUUAAUGAAGAAAAGCGAUUUGAUCCAACUGACUGGUUGCUACCUGAGUGGCCAAGGGCUCAGUCCUUCCGAGCUGGGAAACUUAGUCAAUCUUUAUUUAAAACUUAAAACUGAGGCAUUGAAAACCCUGGCCUCUGGCACUGGGCACAAACCUCACUACAGUUUGAGGACAUUAUGCCGAGCCCUGUCCACUGCUGCCAAAAACCCUUGUGGACAAGUUUCCAGAUCAUUGAUGGAAUCAUUCAGCCUCAGUUUCCUUACCCAGCUGGAUAAAAUAUCCCAGGAAGCCGUGCAGAAGCUGAUCAUUCAAUCCAUUCUUGGCAAAAAUGCUUCCAGUGUUUUGAAAAAGCCCCUACCCAAACCAGAAGGAGGAGAUUUUAUUAACAUCGAGGGAUUCUGGGUGCAGCAGGGACGACUGGAACCUAAAGUGCCAGAAAAUUACAUUUUGACGCCCUGUGUUCGUCAUCACCUCCGAGAUCUGGCUCGAGCCGUCUCACUGGACCAGGCUCCUGUUUUGCUGCAGGGUGAAACCUCUGUGGGCAAAACCAGUCUGAUCACAUACCUGGCAAGUGUGACUGGCCACAAGUGCUUACGAAUCAACAACCACGAACACACAGACUUGCAGGAGUACCUGGGCCAGUACAGUGCAGACAGUGAUGGCGCCCUGACCUUCAAGGAAGGUGCCUUAGUGGAGGCCAUGCGGAACGGCUACUGGGUCAUCUUGGACGAGCUUAACUUGGCCCCUUCUGAUGUGUUAGAGGCGCUGAACAGAGUGCUUGAUGACAACAGAGAGCUUUUUAUUCCCGAAACACAGACUCUGAUCAAAGCUCAUCCACGAUUCAUGCUGUUCGCAACUCAAAACCCACCUGGACUCUACGGUGGAAGAAAGCUCCUGUCCCGGGCAUUCAGAAAUAGAUUUGUCGAGCUGCAUUUCAGCGAAUUUCCCUCUUCUGAGCUGGAAACCAUCCUGCAGCAGAGGUGUGAACUCCCUGCCUCAUAUGCUAAGAAAAUGGUGGCUGUCAUGAAUUCGCUGCAGCUCCGGCGCAGAGAAAGUGCUGCCUUCGCUGGAAAACAGGGGUUUAUGACUCUGAGGGACUUGUUUAGGUGGGGCGAGAGAUACCGUCUAGCAAAGGUUGAUAACUCUGGCAACCACAACUGGGAGCAACACUUAGCUGACGAAGGCUACCUUGUCCUGGCAGGUCGAGUUCGCAGACAGGAGGAGACACUGAUCAUUGAGGAAACUUUGCAGAAACACUUUAAAUGCAAAAUGUCUCCUGACAGACUUUUCUCUUUGAAUUCAGAAACUUCUAAUACCACCAAGAAAAUUUUGGAAGAUGUGAUUAAUGCCUCUGUCUCUGGAUUUGAACACAUUGUUUGGACUUUCAACAUGAGAAGACUGGCAGUCCUUGUUGGUAAAGCUGUGCAAUUCAAGGAGCCUAUUUUGCUUGUUGGAGAAACUGGCUGUGGAAAAACUUCCGUCUGCCAAUUAUUAGCAGCCUUGAGAGGAAAGGUUCUUUUCUACGUCAACUGCCACAUGCACACAGAAGCUGCUGAUUUUCUAGGCAGUUUGAGGCCAGUUCGUAACCACGAAGACAGUGAUGGAAAGCUUUUCGAAUGGGUUGAUGGCCCCCUGGUUCAGUCGAUGGUGUCUGCUGACUGGUUUCUGGCCGAUGAGAUUUCUCUUGCAGAUGACAGUGUCUUGGAGAGAUUGAACUCUUUGCUAGAACCUGAACAGACUCUCCUUUUGGCGGAAAAGGGUGGAGACGUGGUGACAGCUGAGAUGGGAUUCCAGUUUGUCGCCACAAUGAAUCCAGGCGGUGACUUUGGCAAGAAGGAAUUGUCACCUGCCUUAAGGAAUAGACUGACAGAAAUUUGGUGCGAAGGCUGCGAAGCCAGGUCAGACAGAAUUGCUGUUGCUGAAAAAUCACUACGAUCAGGCCUGAAUUUUGGAAAUCAAGAGGACUGCACUUCAGGAAUUGGCAGGUGUGCUGCCGACUUCAUUGACUGGCUCCAGAAAACAGAGCUGGGGUCAAGAUUAACAUUCAGUGUCAGAGAUUUGCUGACUUGGAUUCAUUUCAUCAACACUGUUGCUGAAAAUAACAAACUAGAUCAACUGACGGUCAUGGACGUCGGAUCUGCCUACGUCCAUGGCGCCUGUUUAACCUUUCUAGACAGUCUAGGCUCGGGUCUCACUGCAAAUGCCAGCUCCUCGGGUAUUCGUAAAGCAAGACUUGAAGCAAUUUGUUUUCUUGAAGAUCAAAUCAUAACAGUAAUGGGAGCUCCACUGUUGUACAGUCCCAUUCAGGACAAGAUAGGGAAGGUUGUUAUGGAUGCUCAAAAAAUAGGAUUAGAGCCAUUUUUCAUUCCAAAAGGCCCUGUGGAUAUAACAGACUUUCCAAAUGAGUUUCUUUUUGAUGCUCCAACCACCAGCAGUAGCGUUAUCAGACUUUUACGAGCUCUUCAGCUGAGCAAACCAGUCUUAUUGGAAGGAAGUCCUGGUGUUGGCAAAACUAAUCUAAUUCAUGCCUUGUCCAAGGCAGCUGGAUACUCACUGACUCGAAUCAACCUUUCUGAUCAAACAGAUGCAUCUGAUUUGUUCGGAGCUGAUUUGCCUGUUGAGGGAGGAGUGGGUGGUCAGUUCGCUUGGAGAGACGGUCCAUUUUUGCAAGCUCUGAAAGCUGGGGACUGGAUUGUUUUGGACGAGUUAAAUCUGGCGUCUCAAUCAGUGCUCGAAGCCCUGAACGCCUGUUUGGACCACAGAGGGGAGGUUUUCAUCCCUGAAAUAGGUCGGUCCUUUAAGGUCAAUGCAAAGACCACCAGGAUCUUUGCCUGUCAAAACCCUCAGAGACAAGGUGGCGCUCGUCGAGGCCUUCCAAAGUCUUUCCUGAACAGAUUCACUGAGGUUUACAUUGAAGCUCUGACUGCUGCAGACCUCCAUUUCAUUGCCCAGUCCUUGUUCCCUGAGCUUCCCUCGGAACUUCUCAAGGGCAUGGUUUCCUUUACUCACAGAGUUUCAAAAGAAACUGCAGAAUUGCGGCUUUGGGGUUUCAGUGGGGGGCCUUGGGACAUGAACCUUAGAGACUUGUCCCGCUGGGCUCUGGCUGCCAAAGAAGGUGGUCAAUGUAGCAUUGGACCCGGUGGCGCAGCUGACUUGGUUUACUUCCGGAGAAUGAGAAAUGAGGAAGAUUUCCUAAGGAUGAUGGAAGUUUAUGAAGAAGAAGUGGGUUCCAAAUGGCCUGUGCCCAAAGGCCAACCUGUGGUGAGAGUCUGCGAAGACCAUGUUACCUUCGGAGGUGUGACCCUGGCCCGUGGCAACUGCCAGGGCAACGAAUCGUUACUCCUUCUGCGUUCCUCUUACCAAACCCUGCAUUCGUUGGCCGUCUGCGUCCAUCAGAAGUGGCUCUCGAUUUUGGUCGGAAAGGCGGGCAGUGGAAAAAGCAGCGCCGUUUCACUUCUGGCGGCGCUCACCGGCCAGCCCUUGAAAGUGCUUGCCAUGAAUUCCUCGAUGGACACGACGGAGAUUCUCGGCGGCUUCGAGCAGACCGACUUCGGGCGGCACCUCGACGAACUCGCCGUGCGAGUUGAGACUUUGGCAAAACGCAUUGUGUGCCAACUGCUGGGGGAGAAGAGCAACUUGAUUGCUCAAAGACUCCUCGCGCUCUGGGAGCAUUACCUGCGCACCGCCACAGCAAAUUUAGAAAAACGCACCGUCGCCUCCGAGACGCAGCUCUUCCACAAACGGGCAAAACUUUUGGCCCAAAUCCUGAAGCAGCUCGAGGCGUUCUCGACCAAGGCCGCCCAAAUUGGGGAACAGGUGCAGGCGGUGGAUCAAAGAGCCCAGCAAGCGGGCGCCCUCAACGCCGGCGGACGGUUCGAAUGGAUUGACAGUCUCUUAGUCAAGUGUCUAAGAGACGGCAGCUGGCUUUUGGUGGAAAACGUCAACAUGUGCAGCGCCGCAGUCUUGGACAGACUGAACGCUCUGUUGGAGCCGGGCGGUUGUCUAACUUUAGGAGAAAGGGGUGUCAAUAGUGAGGGUGUUCUCCACACGGUGGUGCCCCAUCCUAACUUCAGACUCUUCUUCACAAUGGACCCUAGAAAUGGAGAAAUUUCAAGGGCAAUGAGAAAUCGAGGAGUUGAGAUUUACAUGAGAGGACCUGACGAAGGAAGCAACUUGUUGCCCACCCUGGACCUGCGUGCCCUUCUUACCAAUUGUGGAAUUAGUUUCGACUGCGAGCAGAGGACUCUGAUUACCAUCCACAAAGCUCUAGGAGCAGCAGCGUCAGCCUUGGACCCAGUGCUUGAGCUCUCAACGCUUAUGCAGGCUGCGUUUUUGGUGCACCAAAACAAAUUGAGGGGAAGUUCGAUCAAGGAGGCACUUCGUUUUGCUUGUCUGGAUGUUUUUGUCAAACCAAAAUCCAGCGCUGACAGUAAAAAGCAGGCACUUCUUGUUCUGGAUGAAAUUCUGGACGGUGCUAUUUUUGUAGAAACAGAAAGUGAUUUAGUCCAGCCUGUUGUCACUCAAAGCCUCGUAUUGAUUCAGGAAAGCAGUGGUUUGGCUCAAGCAAAACAAGACUGUGAACUAUUAUCAGCAUGCCUGGCUGCUAAGGAAGGCGAAUCUUCCUUUUUAAACAAUCUUUGUGACAUGAAUUGCAGCUCAUCAGUUUCCCUUCAAGACCUGCAGAUUCCCUUGCUGCAGUGGAUUUACAAACUUUCCUGUCCCAGUGACGUCAGAUUAAGACAUGCCCUGCUGCAGAAAUGCAAUGUCAAAUGUAUCAAUGAGCUCUCGGCCAAAAUCAGAGAUGCAAUUCUUCAGAAUCAAAAUCAGUCUCAGAGACAUUUUUCCACCAUGGACAGCAACCUCCAGCUCUGCCUGUGGAUAGAUUAUCUCUGUUCCUCAAUGGGCGAAUUGUCCAUUUCAAUCAAAAAGGGAGACAGAAUGUCCGCCUUGCAAUAUUCUCAAGCUGUGAAUUCAAAAAACGUUCCUGCCAAUAUCAACAACUCGCCAGUCCUUGUGAAGUUGUCAAAACUCCUGACUAUGGUCGAGAAAUCACUGGAAGCCAUUAGCCAGUCAAAAGUUGAACUUGCAGUAGAGCAAUUUGAGAUUCUUCGCAGAGGCCUAUCGUGGCGGAAACACAUUCUUGACUUUGCUACGGGAACGAAUUUGACUCGCAAAUCAGCACCCUUUAUUGUGCAAUCACUCGUUACUCACUUCAACUGGCUCAAGAAGCACCUUUUAAUUCCCCUGACCUCACUGAAAGAGGAACUUCCCGAGCUCAAGCAGUUGUCAAGAUUGGUAGAGGAUGUUAGAAUUUCAAUUGAGGUUCAUCCUCUGAAAAAACUGGCUACAAUUGUUCUGCCAAAAAUUGGCCAGCCACUUCCUUUUAGGAGUGAAAACCAACUUAGAGCAAAAACUAUCAUCGACGAAAUAUCUGCGUUGUUCUACGUGUGGCCAGCUAAUGACAAGAACAUUUGGUGCAGCCUUAUCAGCUGGCUAGAGACUAAGGAAGGAAGCGCCACUAAAGAGCUGCUCGCAAUAACAUUAAAAAGUUUGCACUUGCGAAAUGACAUUCCCGAUGAUGAACUGGUGAAGCUGCAAGCCAGUGCUGAGGCGCUUAAGAAGUUCAAAGCUGUUGCCAAAGCGCGCGGCGCUGAUUCAAUUAUUCACGACUGCCACCGUCUGCUGCUUCUGAACAAAUUGCGCAGUGACCUGGAAGUGAACAAUGUGACCCUCGAAUAUCUUGUGGAUAAUCUUAGAAGGGACAGCGUUUCUCAUCCAGAGCUGCUUGUUCUUGCAAAUCUGCUGGCUGAAGGCACUGAAAAUGGAAGCCACAAGUUGAAGCUUGAAACAAAUAUCCUAGAGUGGCAGCUGAAUCACUCGUCUGCCUUGAAUUCACCUCUCCAGUGGCUCGAGUGGGCCAGCAACUGUGAAACCUCUCCGAAAACUGAAAAUCAGUUUGAGUUUGAUUUCAGCGAGAACAACAAAACUCUCGCAAAGAUUCAUCCUGACUCGCCGAUUCUCUCUUUGGUCACUAUGUUCCAAGUUUUCAACUGUGGAAGUAAAUUGGAAGAUGCUUUCGAACACCAAAAGAACAUGCAGAAUUUGUCAGCCCUCAUCUGGCAAGCAACUCAAAGUCUGCACUCCGAUGCCUUUGACCUCAGAUUAAAUGAAUUGACAUCGGUGACAAAUAGUUUUAACAAAAUCUUGGAAGCCCUAAACCCUGAAGCUGCUGAAGUUGAUACCUUCGAAGAAAAAGUCAAGCUGGUGUCUCAAGUCACUAACUUUGCCCCUCUCUUGCAAAUUUUCUCUGAAGUGGCUGAGCUGCUUACUGAAAGUGAUGUGAACUGGGCUCUUGUCGGCAAGGCCAAUGUACUCCUUGGCUUUGCGACCCUCACUUUGACCUCGGCCUUGGCGCCAGUGGACCCUGUUCAAAAAAAGUCUCUCAAGCUCAAGUACACCUUGCAGGACUUAACAGAGACUGAAGUCUGCCUGUACACAAAUGAGCUCUUGUCGAGGGUGAGAGGAGAGACAACCAAGGCACACCCCGAGCCGCGCCUUCGCCACCCCUGUGUGCAGUUGCUGAUCGAGCACUGUGAGAAUCUGAAACUCAAAAAGGAAAAGCUCUCAAGUACCACUGCUGCUAGACCAGAAAUUAGUCAUUACCCUGAUAUUAGAAAAAUGGUGAUGCAAUAUUGUGAUACUCUGGCCUCUUCAAGCACAGCUCUUCAAAUUGCUGAGCAGUUGUUCCUGGUUGGCCAAGGGAGAGCAGGAGAUGCUGAAUUAGCCUUGAAUCAAGAGGAGACGUGGCAGUUGUCUCAAAAUAAAUUCUGCCAGGACUUGAAGAAGGUGGGAGCCUACUACCCAGACAUUGUGGAUCCUAUUUUGGCAUCAACAUACAGAAUUCGAUUUGGAAUGUACUUUUUGCGAUGUGGUGCCAUUCAGCGGAACGAGGUGCUGCAAAAUCUACUGAUUUCAACCUGCAGUUUUCCCAGCAUUUCUCCUGUCCAACCCUCACUCUUUUCACUAGUCAGUGAAUGCACAAAACUGGCCAAGAUGACGGCAAGUGUGAUGCCUAAAGAGAAGACAAAAUAUUUGCUGCACAGACUAAGGAUGAGUUCCUUCGAAGAGCUGAAGUUCCAAAUUCUGGCACAAGGUAGCUUCGAUAGUGAUUCUAUGCAAGUUUUUGUGUCAGAACUCAGUGGACUCGCAAGCGCCUGGAAAACACAGCUGGAAGAAAAGGAGAAGAGGGAACGAGAAGCGCAAAGCCUUUAUAAAAUGAAAAGCACCAAAGAGAUCGAAGAGACAGAGCUGAAGAAAACCUUCCCCAUGUUCCACCAAGAGUUUGAGGAUGUUUCAAUGAAUGUCGUGUAUCAGAAAAUGGACCAAGAUGUGACUCCAAUGGAAACUGAGCAAGAACUUGAAGACUUUGGGCUCAUAACCGAUGAUGAAAUGGCCACCAUUGGCCAAAUUCAUGAGCAGGUGUUUGUGAGCAGCACCCAAAGGCCCUGGCUCCAACAGACCCCUACUCCCUCUCUGGUUUAUUCCCUUGAACCAUUGGCAAACAGGCUGGAGACUUUGAAUAUUUUACUUCCUUCGACUUUGAUUAGCAUGGACAACAAUCUAGACAAGAACUUAGCAGGUACAUUCAUUGUGAUGCUGAACUUUGAAACGGAUUAUGCAAAUCGUCCGUACGACUUCUACCGAGACCCACUGCCAAGUGAAGUGGUCAAAUGCCAGCCUCUGUUGAACUCAAUCAAGAAAAGGGUGCAGGAGCUCAUGCAAGAGUGGCCCGAGCACCCUACCCUGCAAACACUUGAAACGCUCUGUGAUCGUCUGUUGAACUUCUCGUCAAAGAGCCCCUUGGCUAGAUAUUUGUGUGGUGUAGAGCUUGUGUUGUCUCAGCUGCAGACCUGGGAAGCCCAUGCCCACUCUGGAGUGAGCAUGGGGGCGCUCAGCCAGGCGGUUAGUCAAUUGGUGCUUGAGUGGAGGAGACUAGAACUGCAGAAGUGGUCGGAAGCCCUGAACAAUGUCCAAUACAAGUGUGAGCAGAGAGCUUUGAGUAGGUGGUGGUGCCACUUGGCCACCUUGGUUGGGUCGGUGGAAAACGAGACGAGUUGUGCUGUGAACGAUUUGAUUAGUGCCAUCCAGCAGUUCAUGGAACAGGCCACCCUGGGAGAUUUCCAAGUCAGACUAAGACUACUGAAGGCCUUCCACUGCCAAGCCGCCUGUGCACAAAAAUCUGAGCUGCACAAAAAUUUGCAAAAUAUCUUUUGGAAUGGCUUCACUUUCUACUCGCAGUUCUCAAAACCAGUUGAGAACAGACUACACAGUCUGAGAGCGCCCAUUGAAAAGAAACUGAAGGAGGCUGUGAAAAUUGCUAGGUGGACCGAAACCAAUUACUGGGCCCUUAGACAAAAAGUUGAGAGAACUCACAGAACACUGUUCAAACACAUGCGCGAAUAUCAAGAUAUUUUGAGUCAGAAAGCCUCACCAGCCAUGAACGUUCCUCCACUUUCUUUGACAGAAUGGAAUUUGGAGUUGGAUACAAACAGAUACUUGUCCAAUUUGAGGAUAACAUCUCAAGAAGAUGAGCUUAGUGCAGCAUCUUGGUUGAAAAAGGCACUCAAACUUUGCAGGGAGCUCUUCUCAAAUUACCGUUAUCCACAGAGUGUGAAACUGGUUGCUGACUUUGUGUUAGAAGUUGAAGAGACUUGGAGACUUGUUCUUAGCCAAGGGAUUACUCCGUCAAAAGAUGCGGACAAAGAGAAAGUAAAAUCUGAGCAGAAAAAUCUGCUGCAGAGGAAAAGGAAGGCUGUGGCCGACUCUUUCAAGUCCAUCCAACGACUAGGUAUUUCCUACCGAACUGGAAUCACUCACAAGUACAAUUUCUCACUGGAGUACUUCCUUCUCGACCCGUUGGAUAUUUCUGUCAACAAUAAAACUGAAGAUGAUUUGACAAUGUCGUGGAAAGGCUGCAAAGAACAAAUUUCAGCAUGCGUUGCCAAGAUGACCCAACUCUCUGCUGCACUCACAAAACCGUCGUCAGAACUUGGUCCAAACGAUUUAGAGAAAUGCCAAGGAUAUGCGCUGCACCUUAUGGAAAUGGUUGUGAAAGACUAUGGCCUGCUCAGCAAAUUCACUAAUGACCUGAAUAUUCUGAGCUUGAAUUUAGAGCCUUUGUUGGAGGAAUCAGUCUCACCGGCUAAUAAACUGAACAAUGCAAAGGAUACUGUUUUGAAUCUUCUGGGAAGUGCUGCCGUUUGGCUCAGUCAGUUUGCCAUAUUCCUGAAAACGUUCCCACGGUCUGGAGGAGCUGACAGCAAACAAUUCAUGCCAGAGGCUAGAGUGCUCAGUGACGGCCUCAUAAAUCAAGCAGCUGAUUUGACAGAGAGACUUUUGUCAAAUGUUGAGCAGAUCAAGUCUGUGAUGCUGCAACAAAAGGAUCAUAAUAAUAUCAUCGGCACUGCGUCCAUUACCAAAUUGGCCUUGUGCAAGCCAAUAUUCAUGGAAAUGAGCAGAAAUAUUGCCAGGCUUAAGGGAGUUGCUCCAGAAUAUAGCUGGAUAGCAAUUGACUGGCUUGAUCAGGAAUUUAAGAGAGUGUCACUGUUAUUCGAUGAAAUUAAAGCCCCUGCUGAUGCAACUACCAACUUGGACAGUUUGCUUGAACUAACCCAAAAGGCAGGUCUUCUGAUCAUCCAGAGAUUGUACCAAGCAAUGAAAACUAGACCUGAGCUUGACGAGGAAGUGGAGAUGGAAGAAGGUUUCCUUGUAAACUUUGUCAAGAAACCUCUAGAAGAGGACCUGGAAAAUUUGAAAUUGGCUGAAUUUACUAAUCUUGUGGCAGAAAUAGGCCGUCAGCUUGCAAAGCAACCAAAAGCCCUUGAAAAUGCCAAGAACAUUGUCCCCCUCAUUCACCAAGUGCAGCUGCUUGCCAAAUACCUUGUUGUCCAACUUACUGGCUCGUUGAAUGCUUCGUCAAGGCUACUGUGCCAGUACUUGUCAUUGGCCACCAUGCUGGUCCAGAAGGGCUUCAACAUGCCCCCAGAAAUGAGUGACGACAAAGAGGGCCAGGGAGAUUCACAGCCGUCCGAUGGAAUGGGACUUUGUGAUGGGGAAGGAGAGAAAGACGUUUCAGACAGGCUCGAGUCUGAGGACCAGUUGGAGGGUGCCAGACAGGAAGGCGACCCUGAGGAGGAACCUGCUGACAAAGACAUUCCAGAGGAGGAGAAUGGAGUUGAGGUCAGUGAUGACUUCGAAGGAAAACUGCAGGACGAGGCCAAGAACAAAGAAGGUGGGGAUGAUGAAGACGAAGGUGAAAAUGAGGGUGACGAAGAUGCGGACAAACAGAUGGGUGAGACCGGAGAGGACACUGAAAACUUGGAUAAGGAGGUGUGGGGAAGUGACAGCGAGGAAGAGGAAGGAGAAAUGAAUGAGACGGACAAAGGGAAAGGCGAGAAAGAUGAUGUAGUGCCGGAAGUUGGUGCAGCCGAAGAGGGUGGCCCUGAAGGCACUCAGGAGAAGAAAGACUGGGACGCCCAGGAUCAAAACGAGUUUCCUGAAGACCAAAUUGACUCUCAGCAUGGUAAAAAUGAGGCGCCCCCUGAGCCAGAGGCGUUGGAUCUCCCAGACGAUUUGAAACUAGAUGGAGACGAAGAGGAAGGAAACAAUCAAGAGGAGACUGAAGAAAAUCCUUUUGAAACUCAGGAACUUAAAGAUAUCAAGGAGCAGCCUGAAGUGGAAGAGAACGAGGAAACUGUAGAGGAAAAGCCUGGGGAUGAAAACCAAGUAGACUCUGAUGGUUCUGAAGACGAGGAGCAGUUGAACUUUGAAAAUCCCCCUGGAAAUGAGGAAGCUGGUGGACAAGACGAAGAGGACAAGGAGGAAAAUAAUCAACAGGAAAAAGAACAUGGUUUUGAUGAGAACGAAGAGGAAAGCUCUCCACAAGAAGAUGAAAAAGAGCACGAGGGACAAAACAACGCUGAAAACGAUAAACAAAAACCAGAAGCUGCGCCAUCAUCAAAGUCUCUCGACUCGGCUUCGCAAAUGGAUUCCACUUUUGAACAAAAAGACAGCAACUGGGGUGGAGAGGCUGAUGAGGACAAAGGUCAAGAAGGGUUGGCCGAGCAGGACGAAGGCCACGCUUCUGCCUCUCAGAAGGAAAGUAAAAUGGCUGCUCCGGCGCAAAAGCAGGAGGGUCGCCAAGAGCCGAGGGAGAGGAAAAAACCUGGGAAAACUGACGACUCACACACUUUGGGAGAUACAAAGGAACCAGUGCAGAAGAAGCUGCGUUUAGCUGAUGACAUGGCCAAGGAAACUGGUCCGGAAGAAGACCAGGAAGAUGAAGAGGCCAUGCAACAAGAUGGAGAUGCAGAUUUGCAUCAACACGUCAAAGAGGCUAAGUCAAGUACGGCUCAGACUAUGGACGCAGCUACUCAGGAACAAGCAAAGGAGCAGAAGCCAUUUGUCAGUGAAGAUGGAGACAAACCUGAGGAUGAUGAAGAAAUGGAUGUUGUCGAAGAAGAAGAUGAAAAGCAAGAACAAGCACAAAAGGAGUUGAAAUCCGAAAAGAUCGGGGACAAAGACAAGUCGGAAAAAGGUCAAGAUGGUCAACGAUCCAAGGGUGAGGGUUCGAAGGAAAAUGUUGAAGUGGAGGGAGAAAUCGUUGGCACAGACACUGUUCCCCGUGGCGGUGUCUGUUCUGCUCAUACACAGCUGUUGGACAACAGUGCAGUGCCCGAGCUGAGCCCUGAAGAAGUGCAGGCACUUCGAGAGCAGCUUGAGCAGCAACUGGCCUCAUGGUCGGCACCACCAGCAGGCAUUGAGGCGCUGCAAACGUGGACCCAGUUUUUGGCAGCUACCUCUGCCCUGGCCAGAGACCUUUGCGAGCAGUUGAGACUUGUCCUUGAACCCACCCAGGCUGCUCGGCUGAUGGGCGACUACCGAACUGGCCGCAGAAUCAACAUGCGCAAGGUCAUUCCAUACAUUGCCAGUGAGUUCAGAAAGGAUAAGAUUUGGCUGCGGCGGACCAAGCCAAGCAGGAGGAAGUACCAAAUUGUGCUGGCGCUUGAUGACUCUUCCAGUAUGGCCGAAAAUCAUUCCAAAGAGUUGGCCUUUGAGUCUCUGGCCUUAGUCAGCCAGGCCUUGACAUUGUUGGAGGCUGGGGAAUUGGCCGUUGUUAGUUUUGGAGAAGAGCCUAAAAUUUUGCACCAACUCGAAAGUACAUUCAAUGAAGAAAGCGGAGCUAGGUUGCUGCAGCAACUGAGUUUCGGGCAGCGCCAGACUCGAGUGGGCAGAAUGGUCAACUUUGUGACCUCAAUGCUGAGCAUGGCUAGCAGGCAGGCCAGUUCUGGCAGCGAGUUAGCGCAACUCUUGUUGAUCGUCUCGGACGGACGAGGAAUCUUCAGCGAGGGGCGGGAAGUGGUUGAGCAGGCAGUCAGGGCGGCCAAGGAGGCAAACGUCUUCAUCAUUUUCCUAGCCAUCGAAGACCCGCACAGCAAGGACUCGAUUUUGGAUAUCAGAAUGCCAGUUUUCCACAACGGGAAGCUGCAAAUGAUCUCAUCUUACUUGGAAAACUUUCCCUUCCCGUACUAUUUGAUUUUGAGAGACAUUGAGAGUCUUCCGACAGUGCUGAGUGAUGCUCUUAGACAGUGGUUUGAACUGGUGGCUGCAGACGUAAAAAAAUAAAUCAAUUAAAGAUUCUGAAUGAACUGCUGUCAAAGAAUGCGCAAGAAAUUAAAUUUUAAAUUAUAA